CGGGCAGGGGAGCCAGGAUGCCAAAAUGAAGUUCAAUCCCUUUGUGACUUCUGACCGAAGCAAGAACCGGAAAAGACAUUUCAAUGCGCCUUCCCACAUUCUCAGGAAGAUUAUGUCUUCCCCUCUUUCGAAAGAGCUGAGACAGAAGUACAACGUCCGAUCCAUGCCCAUCCGAAAGGAUGAUGAAGUUCAGGUUGUACGAGGGCACUACAAAGGGCAGCAAAUUGGCAAAGUAGUCCAGGUUUACAGGAAAAAAUAUGUCAUCUACAUUGAACGAGUGCAGCGGGAGAAGGCUAAUGGCACGACUGUCCAUGUGGGCAUUCACCCCAGCAAGGUAGUCAUCACCAGGCUAAAACUGGACAAAGACCGCAAAAAGAUCCUCGAACAUAAAGCCAAAUCUCGCCAAGUAGGAAAGGAGAAGGGCAAAUAUAAGGAAGAAACAAUUGAGAAGAUGCAGGAAUAAAGUAAUCGUGUAUACAACUUUCAUUAAAAACUGUUAAAAUGAAAAAAAAAAAAAAA